AUGUCACCGAUUUCGAAAAGCGACCUGGGCUUAGAAGAUGCCGCAGGUAAUGGGGCCUCCCAAGCGGAGAACUCCCCUUCGAGAGCGCUGCCUGCCUCUUGGUACACCUCCCCAGAAAUGUUUGAGCUUGAGCGACGAGCCAUCUUCUCCCGCAAGUGGCUCCUGACUAGUCAUACACUCCGCUUCAAUAAAACCGGUGAUUGGCUACGAUACACUAUCGCUGGCUUCAGCUUCAUUCUGGUCCGCGAUAAGGAAGGUGCUGUCAAUGCAUUCCAUAACGUUUGUCGCCAUCGUGCAUUCCCAGUAGUCACCGAGGAUGGAGGUACUUCAAGAAUCUUCUCAUGCAAAUAUCAUGGCUGGUCAUACGGCCUGAACGGGAAGCUCGCCAAGGCGCCUCAUUAUCAGGAUCUUAACGGAUUUGACAAGAGCAAGAAUGGUCUCCUCCCGAUUCAUGUUCACACGGACGUCAAUGGUUUCAUUUGGGUUAACUUGGAUGGCUCCGAGAAGCCGGAAAUCUCCUGGGAGAACGACUUGAAGGGAAUCGACCUGCAACCACGAUUCAAGGACUUUAAUUUCGAAGAAUACGCAUUCGAUCAUGCCUGGGAAUUGAACGGUGACUACAAUUGGAAGAUUCUGGCCGACAACUAUAACGAAUCAUAUCACUCCGUCAAUACCCAGAAUGACAGUGGCAUCCAUGACCCGGACACCACCCAAGGUCUUAAGAGUGCCAGCACCUACUACUUCCCUAAUGCCUCGAUGACAAUCUCACCAAACUUCUUCUUCCUGCAACGAUUUGUCCCGACCUCCGCCACUACCUGCUCCAUGAGAUACGAAGUUUACCGCAAGAAGGAUUCUAGCGACGAGGAUUUCGAGAAGAUCAGCUCUACUUUCCAACAAAUCAUGUCUGAAGACAAGGACCUCUGCGAAAACACCCAGAAGAACCUCAACAGCGGGGUAUUUGUCAGUGGCGAGUUGCACCCCCGCCUAGAAAAGGGUUCUCUUUACUUCCAGAAUGUGGUAAGGGAGCUUGUGACUGAGUUCCACGAGCGUGAGGAGGAGGCGGGUCAUGAGAUCUGGCCCUCGCGGCAAACACUGCCAUCCGGGGAUAAGACUAGCCAGGAAGAUAUUGAUUUCUGCUCUAAGCUGCAGAAGGCCGGCGACUGCUCAACUCAGGUCAGCGGCGAUUGCGGUGGUGUGGCGGCAUGCCACUCUAGCAAUCCAGCAUUGGCUUAUUGA